AUGCAGACAGACCAAGUCAACGCCCUCCAAGCAAUCGGCGUCCCGGUAGCAACCAUCAACUCGACCACCCCACUCGCAGAGAGACGAGAAGUAAUGGCAGAUCUUCUCUCAGGCCAUCCCAGAACCCGACUUCUCUACGUUACGCCAGAACUCUGUCAGACUGAGAUCUUCCGACGGAACCUACAGACCAUCCAUAGUCAGGGAGAGCUAAGUCGCAUUGCCAUCGACGAAGCCCAUUGCAUCAGCGAAUGGGGCCACGACUUCCGUCCUGCCUACAAAGAGCUCUCAUGGUUUAAACGAGUCCUACAUACCCCUUCUGUACCCAUCAGCGCCCUCACAGCCACAGCCACUCCGCGCGUGCGCUCAGAUAUCAUCAGCUUGCUCGGACUAGAUCCGGCACAUCUGCGAGUCUUCAACACCCCCUCAGCCCGUCCUAACAUUCACUAUGGAAUCCGAUUCCUUCAAGACUACGUCGAAGACGCAGCAGACCCCCAGGACUUCCAGACCAAGGACCUCCUCUCGUGGUUCAAGGCCAUCCAGCGCCGCCGAGAAGCGCGGUUGGGCGCCACCGCUGCCGCUUCCUUACCCCCAAUCUCAGGCAUCGUAUACGUCUCGCUACGCUCGAUCUCCGAAAAGCUUGCCAACGUGUUGUCGUCGGCGUGGGGCGGCAAUAUCCGCGCUGUAGCCUACCACGCCGGUCUCUCCUCUCAAGAUCGCACCCGCAUCCAGACCGAGUGGACCUCCCCCAAUCCCACGCAGGAUCCCGAUGCCAGUCACCCCUCCCCAUCAUUCUAUGUCAUCGUCGCGACCAACGCCUUCGGCAUGGGCAUCGAUAACCCGCACGUCCGCUUCGUCGUUCACUGGAGCCCCCCGCGCAGCUUUGAGGGCUUCGUCCAGGAAUCCGGCCGUGCCGGUCGUGACGGCCGCGCCGCCACCUCAAUCGUCUACUAUAACACCCAAGAGCGAGACCGUGUACUCGAUCGACUUCGCCGUGACGUUGAGAACGCGUACAACCGCACCGGGGGACCUCGACCUGCAGGGAAUGGAAACCCCAACAAUAGCAACCGCCACUCGAACAUGGAAAACCAAUAUGCGCGCCUCCAGAGUUUCCAAAAAGUCAUACAGUACUGCGAGUCGACGUCGCGAUGCCGUCACGACAUGAUCAAGGAGUUUUUCGGUGACCUAGAACUCGAGAUGAUGGGUUCGCAAGCUCCCGCGACAGAGUCCGGUCCGGGAAACACCACCUCGCCCUGUGACUUUGCAUGUGACUUCUGCAAAGAAGGACCCGGGGGUUUGGCAAAACGCAAGGCCACAAUGCCACCGGAGAGCGAUCUGGGCGACUACAUGGAUUCUGGCGUCGCUUAUUACAUGCGGGACAUGUUUCCAGGGUCGUUUGGUGUUUGA